CCGAUGAGCCCCCUAAAGGGACACUCGACCCAAAAAUGACCCUUUGAAGCAUCACUGAAACUGUCAUUUUGACCUUCAACCGUUUGGAGUCCACUAUACGGAGAAAAAUCCUGGAAGGUUUUCAUCAAAAAACCUUCAUUUCUUUUCGACUGAAGAAACAAAGACAUAAACCUCUUAGAUGACAUGGGGAGAUUAAGACGAAAUCUACAGAAAGGACAUCAUGAAGAUCUGCAUGAUCAGGCUGCAGACUCAUCAGUGGUGCUUUCUGUUGUGUAACGUUGUGUUGUUUCAUGCUCUGUUGUUUGGCGGUGACAUCGUCGAGGAGUUUCUGCUGCAGUCGUCUCCAGCGGCUUACACCGACCGCUUUGUGCUUGACAUUCGGGAGCGUGCACGUAAACUGGACCUGACGGAAGCCAGGUUCAACGCCUCACAACUUUAUCCUCUAAAUGUUGAACCUUGCCCCGACCACAAGGACCUCCUCAUUCUCACGGUGGUCCUCAGUGCCCCGGGAAACUCCAGCCAGAGGGAGGCGGUGCGGAACUCUUGGGCCAAUCAGACGACGGUGGAGCACGUGGCCCUGCGGACUUUGUUUUUCCUCGGCUCCUCCGCGUUAGGGGCGGAGCAUCAGGCCGUGAGGGAGGAGUCGGCGCACUACGGCGACGUCGUGCAGUUUGAGGGAGGGGUUUCACGGGGAGAGUGGGGACAUUGGGAACAGGUAAAAAUGGCACUUCGUUGGGUUCUGGUGUUUUGCCCCCAAGCUCGAUUUAUCGUGCUUUCAGAAGAUACGGUGUAUUUAAACAUACCUGCGCUUGCAUCACACCUGCUGGGGCUAAAAACACACCCCGAUGAUCUUUACCUGGGCAGGGUCAUCCACAGGGCCACGCCUGAGCGGGACCCCGGCAGACCGCAUUACCUGCCCUACCACGUGUACCCUGAGAAGUACCUGCCAGACUUUUGCUCAAGCCCCGCCUUCCUCCUGUCACAGGAUGUGGUGAGAAAGGUGUACGUCGCCGCGCAGAACGUAGCUCUUCCCCUCCCCUCGGACGUUCUGAUUGGACUGUGCGCACGACGGGCAGGUGUGGUAGCCACUCACAGCUCUCGGUUUUGCGGCGACCGUCACGUUCACUAUUACCCCUGCUGUUAUAACUUUCUGUUCAGCUCUGCAGAGGUGGGAGGGAGGCUGAUGGGCGUGGCUUGGAGAGAUUUAGGGUCGGGGAAUGGGAGGCGCUGUAGCAUGCUGGCGACGUAUUAUAGUUUGGUAUUGUGCAAAACAAUGACUUUCCUGGAUAAACUUUCCUUUCCGAGUAAAGAUAUCAGCCAGGGAUAG